UGCCUUGGAGUUCACUUCAGACUUCUAUCGCGGACUUGGAACGACACCUCCACACAAAACGAUUCGCCGCAUCAGUCCGCAUCAGGCAGCGUUCAGAGCAACAGUUCACCUGCGUACGAAGUUCCCGAACACUUUCCAGUCUCAGUACUCCUCGCACAGAACACGACCAUAACCUACCCAAGACAAGUCCCACUCUCGUUCUCUCUCUCGCUCUCUCUCUUUCUCUCUCUCAAUACUUGAGCGAUGGAUUCAUUUUUGACAAUCACGGCUGCCCUUCUACUUGUUGGUUCUUUAUCUUCGACUGCUUCGAGACAAUUCGACACUGAAUGUUACACAGCCAAUGGAGAGGACUACAGAGGCUGCCAGAACCAGACAAGCCUCCUGGGUGGUAAGCCCUGCCUCUUCUGGAACGAAACCUUCCAGCACCCCUACAACACCCUCAAGUACCCCAACGGAGAGGGUGGUCUUGGCAGCCACAACUACUGCAGGAACCCUGAUGGUGAUGUCCAGCCGUGGUGUUACAUCGCUGACCAUGAAGACGGAAUCUACUGGAGAUACUGCGACAUACCCACCUGUCAGAUGCCUGGUAACCUGGGCUGUUUUAAGGACAGUGGUGACCCUCCCACCCUGACAGGGAGCAGUCAGACCUCUAACAAACUCACCGUCCAGAACUGCAUCAGCUUCUGCCGUAAACAGAGAUACAUGCUUGCCGGGAUGGAGUCGGGUUAUGCCUGUUUCUGUGGCAACGACCUGGACCUGCGUCGCCAUGGCCAGGCGCCCAGCAUGGAAUGCAACCACGUGUGUUUCGGUGACCACACCCAGCCUUGUGGGGGAGAUGGAUGGGUCAUCGUCUUCGACACUCGAGUGGGGGCAUGCGGCGGUAACUACUCUGCGCUCUCUGGGGUGGUCUACUCCCCUGACUUCCCUGAUAAGUACGGGGCCGGAAGGGUUUGCUACUGGACUGUCCAGGUCCCUGGAGCCUCCGUGAUCCUGUUUAACUUCACCUUCUUUGACAUCUCGGACCAGACAGACAUGGUUGAACUGCUGGACGGCUACACCAACCAGGUGGUGGCGAGGUUUGAUGGUCGUACCCCUCCCCGGGAGCUGGUCAACGUCACUGGAGACUAUGUUAUCCUCUACUUCUACUCAGACCGAACCAACCAGGCACAGGGCUUCGCUGUCACCUAUCAAGCUCUGAGAGGUUCCAGGCCUAUGGAUGAAGAAGAGGAGGAGGAGGAAGAGGACACCAGUACGGUGGAGCCUCAGCUGGGAGGAGUAACGGAGAAAACUAAUGGUCGCUCCUCACAAAUCCUCUACGUAAUAACAUCCAGUCCUGGUAAACCGGACCACAACAUGCCAGGUCAGUGGGUCGGACCCAACGGUACCAACGGAUACACCUCUAAGUGGACCAUCUACACUUUGGCUGCUCUCCUGACUCUGACAGUCGUUGUCAUGGUGACCAAACUACUGCUUCAUGUCACAGUCAAAUCUCCCAACAUCCCGACCAUCAGUGGUUCAGAGAGCUGCAGCGGUCAGAGUUCUGGGUCUGAGCCCUGGAUCAUCCUUUACCAGCCCUCCACCAUCUCUCUUUUCAAGAAAAAGCUAAAGAACCACCACGGAGACCUCAGCCCUCUGGUGGGCAACUAGGGAAAUGCAGUCUGGUAUACUACUGCCAUCACUACUGAACCCUGUACCAGGGCCUACCGUACCAGAGCUAGCAACAGAGCUGGCCGCCCCAAAUCAAUGAGACUCCAUGGGGCACUGAGCUACAAAGCUAACAUGCUAACUAAUGACUGAUUCACUGACUCACUGAGAGACUACUACCAAAAUGGCCCAGACAUGGCUGUCUGUGUCUGCUGUGUACAAGGCAGGAGAGGAGAGUAGAUGUACAAACAGCUCAAGGUGGACAUUUUACUGCAGGGCACUCAUAUUCUUGGGGUUCUACUUCCAUUGUCUCUCCAUGGAUGUCUGAUAGAUUAUUGAAGUCCUCCUCUAAAGACAGGGGUUGGCUGGGGCCAAAUCAGAUUCCAGUUUCCACAGGACUCCUCCAGAAUGCAGGUCUUCCAUUGUAACUGUUUCCAAGUGGGGCACAAAAUGACAGACUACGCAUCUCUCCUCAUUUAAUAAUCUGCGAACAACAAAGGGAGCCAUGCAUAUUCCCUGUCAGUGACUGUGACUGGUGUCUCACAUGGAAAAGGGGGGUUGAAUCCUGAUCGUUAUCAAGGGACGAGGACAUCAACCCCGACAUAUUACGGUACAUGUAACUCUGACUCAGUUAUGUAAGUACAAUUAAUACCACUAUGGACAAUCGGCAGUUAUUGAACCACCACAGCCAGCUAAGCCUGAAAGGGACCCCCUUUCCUCCUGGACAGCAGCGAGUUACCUGUAAUUAUGGUGUGUUAUGUAGGCCAGUGUUAGGUAUAGAGAGAGAGACGAGAGGUGAUUUACCUGCCCUGUCUGGAGCGAGGAGAAUAGAUAGCAUGAGUAAGUCCUGAAGAAAGAACGCAUCUAAAAAAAGACAUGAAUACAGAGAGAAAAAACAACACUCUCUCUCUAUGCCACACUGCCUCUUCCUCACUCUCUCUCUAUGCCACACUGCCUCUUCCUCACUCUCUCUCUAUGCCACACUGCCUCUUCCUCACUCUCUCUCUAUGCCACACUGCC